AUGACCUCGGGUCAGUUCGGUGUAAAUGUCCUGCAUGCUUUACUGAGGAAAGACCCGUCACUUAUAGACGCCUUGAGACCGAUUGAACAAGGCGGUGAUUUAGACGAUGAAGAAGAGCCAUUAAGGCAAACGGCUGGAGGACCAAUACAACGGAAGAGUUUCGAUUUGCUUACAUACCCACAAUAUUAUCAAGCUGGUGAACGAAUAGUGACGUUAUUUGAUGAUUUGAUGCAAAUGAUGCAAAAUCAACAUGCUGAACAGGAAAUCAUUAAACGAAUUCGAAGCGUUGGUGCAACUCAUGCUAAACAAAAGUUGAUAUUUAAUUCAUGCGUUUGGCGAGAAUUUAAAUCGAGUAUUCUGGGAAUGGUCGCGGAAUGUGGUUACGACUCGGACGCGACUCGUGUCGAAACACUGAAUGCGUGGAGUUCGUUGAUAUCGUUGGUGAUAAGAGAG